AUGGCUGAUCACGGUAUCCUUCCACUCGGUCAAUCACCAGAUACAACCUCAGUAAAACUCAAUCGAAAAUAUCAUGUAAAAUUAGAACAAGAAAAAGUGAUGGAUGUUGCUGCUACUGAUUUUCCUGGACAUUGGCCUGGAGAAUCAAAUGCAUGGGAUUUAUCAGAAUUUAAAAAAAAUUUGAAUAUCAAGAUCUCAAGAUUAUCAUCUUCUGCAAUGGAAUUCGAUUUAGUAGGAGUAGAUGCUAGUAUUGCUAAUGCUUUACGAAGAAUCAUGAUCGCUGAGGUACCAUCAAUUGCGAUUGAAGAUGUAUUCGUAUGGAACAACACAUCACUAGUACAUGAUGAAGUUUUAGCACAAAGGCUAGGAUUGAUUCCUUUGAAGGUUGAUCCUAGGAAACUAGAUAUGAGAGGCCCUGAAGGCGCAACAGAUAUGAAUACAUUGGUAUUUAAACUUGUUGCACGAUGUUCAAGAAAUCCAAAUGUAAGUAAGACAGAAAAAGAUCCAUCAAUCUUAUACACAGAUUCAGAUGUCACUUCUGGAUAUUUGGAUUGGCAGCCAAAAGGUGAUCAACCAGCUUUGUUUGGAAGUCAACCGCCCAAAGCAGUUCAAGAUGAUAUCCUAUUAGUUAAGAUGAGACCAGGUCAAGAAAUCUCAAUUGAGAUGCAUUGUGUCAAAGGAAUCGGAAAAGAUCAUGCCAAAUUCUCACCGGUUGCUACGGCUUCUUAUAGAUUAUUACCACAUAUCAUCAUUCAUGAACCAAUCUUAGAACCUCAUUGUGAAAAAUUUACUUCUUGUUUUGCACAAGGAGUGAUUGAAAUCGUUAAAAACCAACAUGGACAAAAAGAAUGUAAAGUUUUAAAUCCUCGUAAAGAUACCGUUAGUCGUGAAGUUUUAAGACAUCCUGAAUUUGAAGGUAAAGUGAGUUUAGGUAGAGUUAGAGAUCAUUUUAUUUUUAAUGUUGAAUCAAGUGGAGUUUAUCGUCCUGAAGAAUUACCAAUCGAAGCAUGUUUAGUUUUAUUACAAAAGAUUCGAUCAGUUAGAGUUGCACUUGAAUCUCAUACUGAAGAUAUAUCUUGA